AUGAAUAUUUUUUUUCUUUUAUGGAAUGGAACUUGGGCUGUCGCUGUUGUCGGAUCUGUUCAUAUCUAUCUAUCUAUCUAUCUAUCUAUCCCUGUCUUGGUCUUAUGUCUCUCGAUAAAUGCAUAUCUCUUUCCUAAAUACGAUCACACACAUGAUUAUCUAUCUAUCUAUCUACCGUUUAUUUUUGUUCUUGUCAAUGGAACUCUUUUAUACAAUGAAAACAAUAAAAGAAUUCCAGCCGUUGAGGAAAAUACAGACGUCUGCUUCUCUCUCUCUCUCUCUCUCUCUCCUCUCUUCUCUUCUCUCUUCUCUCUUCUCUCCUUCUGGAGAGAGGAGAAGAGGAUACAUAUCUUACAUAAUUCUAUCUAUCUAUCUAUCUAUCUAUCUAUCUAUCUAUCUAUCUAUCUAUCUAUCUCUCUCUCUCUCUCUCUCUCUCUCUCUCUAUAUAUAUAUAUAUAUAUAUAUAUACUUCAAUUUACGUACAAUUCCUUCCAGUCUACCCAUAUUUUCGUUGAUUUAUUUUCUCUCUUGUUCUCUGUUCAAUCAUUUCUAUUUCAUUCUGUUCAUAUCUUUUUUUUCUAUGUAUCCAUAUCAAUAUUAGUUCAUAUCUAUCUAUCUAUCUAUCUAUCUAUCUAUCUAUCUAUCUAUCUAUCUAUCUAUCACAGUCUUUACCUAUCUUUCUGGACAAGUAUAUAUUAUUCACUGAAGGCCUCCGACAUCCUCAUACCACAUAAAGACACGCCAAGAAAAGCCAACGCUACAGUGCCUCCAAAAGCAGGGACUGCUGAUCUGUAUUCAAGGGAGGUGUCGUAUGAAAGGCACCAUCCCGGUCGGGUCACGCCUAAAUCCGUUGUUAACUGCCAGGAGACACCUGUUGUAUAG